AAUUCUCUCAUCUUCUCCUCUUCCCCUUCAUCAUCUUUCUUUCCCUUUUCCUUUCUUUUCUUUUCUUUUCUCUUCUUUUCUCUUCUUUUCUCUUUGCCUCUGGUAUCCCCCAACUGCAUGCGAUUCUCCACCUUCAAAUUUUACUUUAUCAAAAGCUAAAAGAUCAAUCCCUCCAUGGAUUUCUCUUCUGUUCCACUCUAUUUAGAUCCUCCCCCCAAUUGGCAUCAGCAAUCAAAUCAUCAUCAUCAUCAUCUUCAGAUACCCAAUAAUGGAUCUCCUCACCAUCUGCAACCCUCAUCCACUGCGCUUCCGUCUCAUGUCGGUGCCACCGGGAUUGGCUCGAUCCGCCGUGGUUCGAUGGUCGACCGAGCUCGGCUAGCUAACAUACCACUACCUGAGACUGCCCUCAAAUGUCCUCGAUGUGAUUCCUCCAACACCAAGUUCUGUUACUUCAACAACUAUAGCCUCUCUCAGCCUCGCCACUUUUGCAAGACCUGUCGUCGAUACUGGACUCGUGGUGGCGCUCUUCGAAACGUUCCGGUUGGAGGUGGUUGUCGUCGGAAUAAAAAGAAUAAAAGUAGACGCUCAAAAUCUCCGGCCACCGGGAACGAAACAAGUAACAAUAACAAUUCGAACUCACCCACCAAUACAAUUCCCUUGCAUAGUAGCAACGCUGAGAAUAUUAUUGGUCAGUUACAGCCUCAAAAUCCUCAUCUUUCAUUCAUGGCUACGUUGAACAAUUUCUCUCGUUAUGGAACCGCCAAUUUAGGGUUGAGUUUCAAUGAGAUCCAAACUCAAGCUGGAGACAUCGGAAACAGCACCCUUCUAAAUCAUCACUGGCGCAAUUCCCAAAGCUUUCCUCUUUCAGCUGACCUAGAAACGCCGACAGGGUUGUACCCAUUUCAAAUUAGUGAAGGCGGCAGCAACGCAACAAAUUCAAUUCUAAAUCCAAAUUCAAGAGCAACCCAUUUGCCUCCAGUGAAGAUUGAAGAAACCCAAGUGCUGAAUUUGUUGAAAUCAUCAAAUUUGGGUGUCAACAAUUCGGACAAUAAUCAAUUUUGGAACGGUGGAAAUGGGUGGACAGAUCUUUCGGGUAUCAGUUCUUCGUCAAGUGGCCAUAUUUCUUGUGACUUCAAUCAUUGAAACCCCAAUUGAUCAUCUUCAAAAUGGUGUCUCCCACAGCUUUGUUGUAAGUUUCAUUUCUAUCAACUUAUUAAGAUUUAAGUGGUCAAGUGAUUUGAAGUAAGAAACAAGUAAGAGCAUCACUUGAUGAGUUAAAUCUUUUAUUAAGCUACUUAGGGUUUAUAGAAAUUACUCAUAACAAAAAUAUCCAGGCACUCGUCUACCUCUCUUCAGCCUCUCAAUGAUCCUGCAUGAUAUAGUUGAAGAACUGAGGAAAAAUGUGGCAGUCUGCUUCUCUCUCUCUUUAUUUUAUACAAAAAGAUUGUGCUUUGUAGAAAUAUUUGUUUAAAUUUCGCUUCAAUUUCUUUUGAGAAUCUGUGUGAUUAUGAUCUGGGUAUGUUUUUGUUAAGGUACUGAAAUCGAUCGAGUUGGAUCGAACCAAAGAAUGUUUUUUUGUUUGUAUUGAA